CUGGUCAUGUGACACCAUAUUGCGGAAGUCCAGAAAAUCCGUCUUUCCAAACAAGACGCUGAGCAAGAGUAAACGAAAGCUUUAGCUAAUUAUCAUCCAUAUCCUUUGUCUCUGUUUACACAACCCAUGGUCAGGAUGACACAGAGGCACUGCGUGGAGGGCCAGGUCUACUCUGUGCCUCUCAUUCAGCCUGAGCUGAGGAGAGAAGAGGCUGUUCUUCAGAUUGCAGAUGCGCUCCUUUACUUGGAGGUCAUCUCUACAGACAUUUUCAGAAGAGUCUCUGAAAGCGUGGAAAAGAACCGCCGCCAGCUGCAGAGUGUCUCUGACCGGAUCAGACUAGCGGAGGCCCGCGUCAACAAGAUUAAAGGGAGCAAAAAGGCCACAAAGGUUUUCUCCAGCGCCAAGUACCCUGCUCCAGAUCGGCUUCAGGAAUACUCCUCUAUUUUUACCGGGGCCACUGACCCUUCCUCUCAAUCCCGUCCUCGCCGUAAGAUCCAGAAUAAACUUCGACCUUUUGAUGAGAAGACUUUACAGGAGAAGUUAACAUAUUUCCCAGUGUGUGUGAGCAACAAAAAGAAGUCUGAGGAUGAGACGGAAGAAGGAUUGGGCAGUCUGCCGCGAAACAUCUCAUCUGUCAGCUCUCUGUUGCUCUUUAACACCACGGAGAAUCUAUACAAAAAAUAUGUGUUCCUUGAUCCUCUGGCUGGAGCAGUGACAAAAACGCACCAAACUCUGGAGACGGAGAAGGAGGAGAAACCGUUUGAUGCUCCUUUGUCUAUAACAACGAGGGAGCAGCUGGAGAGACAGACGGCAGAAAGUUUUUUUUAUGUGCCAGACCUGGGUCAGGUGCCUGAGAUAGAUGUGCCGUCCUACUUGCCCGACCUUCCAGGUAUUGCAGACGAUUUGUCAUACAGUGCAGAUCUCGGACCUGGAUUCGCUCCGUCAGGGCCGACCCUACACAUCCCAGAUUUGCCCUCCUUCACCGAAGAAAGCCCUGCACCAGGAACAGAGCUCCAAAAUAAUCUUCCACCACCACCCCCUCCACCUCCGCCACCCCCUCCCCCUGAGCCAACCAUGCCUCCAAUUCCUGCAGGAGCUCCUCCUGCCCCCCCUCCUCCACCACCUCCUGCCACAGAGACACCCAUAGAGGCUCCGACGUCAAGCUCAGGAUCCGUAUCUGGUGCUCCCAGUGAGGUGGUUCAGCCGUCAGACGGCCGCGCCAGUCUGCUCGAGUCCAUCCGGAACGCUGGGGGCAUUGGCAAAGCCAAGUUACGCAACGUUAAAGAACGCAAGAUGGAGAAGAAGAAGCAGAAAGAGCAAGAGCAGGCUGUUGGAGCGGCAUCCAGUGGAGGAGAUUUUAUGUCUGAUCUCUUCAAUAAACUAGCCAUGCGAAGGAAAGGAAUAUCAGGGAAGGGCCCGGCCGGCGGAGAGUCCAGUGAAACUCCUGCUGGUACCGGAGGAGCUUUUGCCAGGAUGUCAGAUGUCAUCCCGCCCCCUCCUGCCCCACACACAGCGACGGAUGAUGAUGACUGGGAAGCAUAACAUGAUGGAUAAUGAACAACGCUGUAGAGUUUUGGUUUUUUUUAAUGAAGAAGUUGCAUUUAAUUAAAGGAACAAUUUGGAAAAAAACUUUAAACAAGAAAAUUUCUUGAAGUCUGAACAUUUUCAGCAAAGAAUAAUCAGUCUUGUGUCCAAUUUUGGUCUGGUAGUCAUUUAAGUAACAAUUAACAUAGAAAACUGUUGAAUUUAAUUUAAAAUAACUAACAUCCUGACUAAAACCUGAGGACAACUGAAACAGUCAUGACAA